CGCCCUUUCGUUGACGGGCUCAUCAGCUUCGGUCUGAGUCAACAACUGUUUCCCUCUUGCAGUAUAAGAGUGACUUUGAGAGCAUUCCGAAUAUCUUCGGUUCACAAACACCCCCUGAUCCAAUUCACAAAGAAAGUUAGCAGUCAUGACUAAUGAAUCUGCCAAACAACUCAAGGCGCUGCAUGUCCCUUCCUCACCUAUCGUUUUCCCGAACGUGUGGGACAUUCCAUCCUUCAACGCUGUCGUCUCUCUCAAUGAUGGCGACUCCAAACCUGUAAAGGCCAUUGCCUCAGCAUCAUGGGCCGUUGCUGCCGCUCUUGGCCUCAAGGAUGAGGAUCUCACAAUGGAACAAAACUUCGAGGCAAUCGCCAAGCUUGCUCCGUUGUGCAAAGCCGCCGGCCUGCCCUUGACCGCCGACUUACAAGACGGUUAUGGCGACCAGAUAUCCACUUCUGUGGCACAAGCCGUCAAACUUGGCGUAGUUGGAGCCAACAUUGAGGACAGCAUUCCAUCCACUGCCACCAUGUACAGCAUCGAUGAGCAAGUCCGGCGCUACAAGACGGCCCUCCAAGCUGCCGCCGAUGCUGGCUGCCCCGACUUUGUGCUCAACGCCCGGUGCGACAUCUUCAACCUCAACACGGAGCUUGACGACGAAUCCAUGGUCCGGGAGGCCAUCACCCGCGGAAAGGCAUACUUGGAUGCUGGUGCCACGACUGUCUUCUACUGGGGCGGUUCCGAGCGUGGGAUACGUACGGCGUGGGUGGAGACGCUGGUCAAGGAGCUGGACGGCCGAGUCGCCGUCAAGCUGGCCGCGACGCCAGAUGCGUUGACGACGGGUGAGUUGGCCAAGAUUGGCGUUGCGAGAAUCAGCGUUGGGCCAAGCCUGUUCCUGGUCGCCAACACGGCCAUGAAGAAAGCCGCGGCUAGCAUUCUCAAUGGCGGAGGGCUAUUUUGAGGCUGGCAUUGCCUCGCCGCUUGCGACCCGUGUAUCACAUUUAAAGUCCACUACUUGGAGUUUAGUAAUUUUCAAGUCACCAAAAUGGAUAAGUUCAUGACAAAAGAAUUGAUG